UCUUGGUAUUGAACCUCACCCGCAUAAAGGCCAUUUCUCAACAUGCCAAACCAACAGAAGAAAAUAAUUUUUUGCACGGCCGGGGUGCUAAGUUUCUUGUGCGCCCUCGGAGUUGUGACAGCUCUAGGGACGCCGCUGUGGAUUAAAGCCACCUUCCUGUGCAAAACAGGGGCUCUGCUCGUCAAUGCUUCAGGGCAGGAACUGGACAAGUUCAUGGGUGAGAUGCAGUACGGGCUUUUCCACGGAGAGGGCAUAAGGCAUUGCGGCUUAGGAGCGAGGCCCUUUCGCUUCUCUUUUUUCCCAGAUUUGCUCAAAGCCGUCCCACUAAGCAUCCACGUCAAUGUCAUACUCUUCUCUGUGAUCCUUGUUGUUUUAACCAUGGUGGGGACAGCCUUCUUCAUGUACAACGCUUUUGGCAAACCUUUUGAAACUCUGCAAGGUCCACUAGGUUUGUAUCUUUUGAGCUUCAUUUCAGGAUCUUGUGGCUGUCUUGUCAUGAUAUUGUUCGCCUCUGAAGUGAAAAUCCACCGUCUCUCAGAAAAAAUUGCAAAUUAUAAAGAGGGGACUUAUUCUUACAAAACACAAAGUGAAAAGUACACCACCUCAUUCUGGGUUGUUUUCAUUUGCUUUUUUGUUCAUUUCCUGAAUGGGCUCCUUAUCCGACUUGCUGGUUUUCAGUUCCCUUUUGCAAAAUCAAAAGACACGGAGACAACCACUGCAGCUGCAGAUCUAAUGUACUGAAAGGCAGACAUUUCUGUCAUUUCCCAAGUAUGGGAGUGAACUCGCUUUGGUCACCUGGAUAUAGCUAAUUUUGUCCAUCAGUUUAGAUGCACAAAUUAAAGCAUUCAACCCUCCAUGGCAAUGUUUACAAAUUAUGUCCUAAGAAUACACACAGAUUGGAAAGUAAGAGGAGCAGAAGGAAGGCUCCCAAAGGUUGUUUUAUCUGGUGCAAAACUGCUUCACCCAGGGAGUGAAGGAGUUGACACGGUGUUAAUUCAUAUAAAUAAUCAAAUGCAAAAAGUCUGCUUCAUCAGCAAGGAAUCUAAAGGCAUGUGGAAUAUAUUUCAAUGUAAAAACAAAUACUAUGUCUGAUACACAUACAUAUUUGUUACCAUAGACACCAGAAAACAACUGGAAUCAUUUUCAUAAUGUGAUAGGGCAUCAAGUGAAUGUUCAUAAAAUGUAUUGGCGUGGUGCAUUUUUUUAAAAAGUUCAUUUAAAUCACAGAGUAUU